AUGCCUCUGGAACGUGCCGAUUUCGUUGGUGCCAUAUGGCUCACUACUCCUAUUCUGGUCUUGUUGGGCUCCAAAACCCCGAGACACUUACGCUGGAUCCUUUUGCUCCCUUUCGUGGGUGUUUGUCUACUUGUGGCUUUGGCUUUUCCCUUUGGCCCGGAUAUUGCAAAGAAUUACACCUUUGGAACACAUUGUCUCUUAGUCUUUUACGUCGCGUUGGUCAACUUCAACCUUCUUGUGCUCGAAGACCCUUACUUGGAGCACAAGUGGACACAACCCACAAGCGAUGGGAAGAAACCUCAACAGCCUUUCCACUCUCUCGGUGCAUGGGACCAGAUAAGAUGGUGUUUUGAUAAUGCCUUCUCUACCAGAGGUAUUGGAUGGAACUGGCGGACUGCAACUCUACCUCCAGCUCCUGCUCCAGGCACCUCCAAGACCGCCUUCCUCAGGCUAUCGAUGCAACGAAUACUACAGCAAUACAUGAGCCAUGACAUUGCUGCUGGUCUUCUUCUGUGGCUGACUCAUGAUGGGGAAAUGGGCGUCGUUGAGUUAGACUUCGUCUCCCGUUGCAUCGCUACAGCCUGCUGGUGGGCCUCAUCAAUUGCCGUUAUGGACAUCGGAUAUCAUAUCGCUUGCAUGAUCGGGGUGUCGUCCGGGCUUUUUUGGACGCGCAUCGAAGACGUCCACCCGGUAAACGGACUUUGGAUCGAGUGCUACACCCUGAGCAGAUUCUGGAACCGCACGUGGCACCAGAACUUUCGAAGGGGCCUGCAAAUCCCUAGCAGAUUCGUGGCCAGGAGAGUUGUCAGAGCACCUAGAGGGUCUAUGCUCAGUCGGCAAACCCAAUCGUACUUUGCAUUCACCCUUUCUGGGCUGUACCACUGGGCGGCAGCAAAGAUGGCAGCUCCAUCUGAGUCUUUCACAAGAACUAUCAGCUUUUUUCUGCUGAUGCCUAACAUCUUGCUCUUGGAAGAUCUGGUCAUUAGUUUUGCUCAGGAGAAACUCGGAUGGCAUGGAUCCUGGUGGCGUGUUGUUGGACUUGUGUGGACUUUCCUUGCUUUGACUAUACUCGGUACAGGAUUUGUGAACGAUUUAGUCGCACCUGGACUUGUGACCGCUUUUCCGGCGCUGCCAAUGUCACCCACUUAUUAUAUGCUGAACGCCAUGGUCGAAAACAGGGGUUGA